CAUGGUACGGGCACAUUAGUUCGGUGUUAGGCAUUGAGUAGGACAGUUUGCUUUUGCAUUCCGAUCAUGAAGCAUACAUGCGUUUUGUUAUUCUUGGCGAUCGGUUGUUUCGGGUCGUUUGUGACUGCAAAGAAAGAUGAGUCCCAGAACGGACCAUUGCUUGAUAGGUUGCUGCGCUACCGUAGGCAGAGCGGGGGAGUAAACUACGGCUUUCCCACGUUUCCCACUUUUCCACCUCAACCGCAGUUUCCUAACUUUGUACCUGGAGGAGCAGGAGGAAGUAAUGGAUUGGGAUCACGUGGCGAUUGGUUGGAUUUUAUGCCAGAUACCUCUCAGAUCAAGGGCAAUCAAGUAUGGACGACGAAGAGUUGUGUCUAUGAUGAAAAGGGAAAGGAAAAGUGCGUAGAACAGCAUGGUGAUAAGCCGAAAAACUAGACGUGAAUGCAGCUUGAUAAUGAAUAAAUAAAUUUCCUUCUGCUGAUAAUGCUAUUAUUUAAAAUUUUGGGAUUUUUGUUUCGGUAUAAUAAAAGAUUUAAUUUGUUUCAA